AUGGCAUCGGCACUCUUCUUCCUCGACUUGAAGGGCAAGACCCUCCUUGCCCGAAAUUAUCGAGGUGAUAUUCCCAUGUCGGCAGUCGAGAAGUUCCCUGUCCUUCUGAGCGAAGCCGAAGAAGAAUCAUCUGCAGUGCCACCCUGCUUCUCACACGAAGGCAUCAACUAUCUAUACAUCCGACACAACAACCUCUACCUUCUUGCUCUGACGAAACGAAACACCAACGCCGCCGAGAUCCUCCUCUUUCUACACAAGGUCGUCGAAGUCUUUACAGAGUAUUUCAAAGCGCUAGAAGAAGAGUCGAUUCGCGACAACUUCGUUAUUAUAUACGAGCUGCUGGAUGAGAUGAUGGAUUUUGGCUACCCUCAGACCACUGAAUCCAAGAUCUUGCAAGAGUACAUCACACAGGAGUCGCACAAGUUGGAGGUACAAGCACGGCCACCCAUCGCAGUCACGAAUGCCGUCUCAUGGCGGUCCGAGGGAAUACGGUACAGGAAGAACGAGGUGUUCUUGGACGUCAUUGAGAGCUUGAAUUUGCUGGUUUCUUCAAACGGCAAUGUCUUGCGCUCCGAAAUUCUGGGUGCUGUCAAGAUGAAGUGCUAUCUGUCUGGGAUGCCAGAGUUGCGGUUGGGUCUGAACGACAAGGUCAUGUUCGAGACGACAGGGAGAACGACACGAGGCAAGGCUAUAGAAAUGGAGGACGUCAAAUUCCACCAGUGUGUGCGGUUAUCACGCUUCGAGAACGACCGGACCAUCUCCUUCAUUCCCCCCGAUGGCGAAUUCGAGCUCAUGAGUUACCGGCUGAACACCCAAGUCAAGCCCCUGAUCUGGGUCGAGUGUGUGGUUGAGAGCCAUUCAGGUUCGCGAAUCGAAUACAUGCUGAAGGCAAAGGCGCAGUUCAAGAGAAGGAGUACAGCCAACAACGUCGAGAUCAUUGUGCCUGUGCCGGAUGAUGCUGACUCACCCCGGUUUCGAACGAACAUCGGGAGUGUCCACUAUGCCCCUGAGCAGAGCGCCAUCGUGUGGAAGAUCAAGCAAUUCGGUGGCGGGAAGGAGUUCCUCAUGCGGGCUGAACUGGGGCUCCCUAGUGUGAGAGGAGACGACGAGCAUGGUGGAGGUAUGACUGGUGGAUUCGGUGGAAGUAUGGGUGGGGUCAGUGCUGGCAAGGGCGCCAAGCGACCGAUCCAGGUCAAGUUUGAGAUCCCCUAUUUUACGACAAGUGGUAUCCAGGUGCGAUAUCUGAAGAUCACAGAACCCAAGGUAUGUCUUUCCUCAUCUCGAGGAGUUCUUCGGCGGCCCGGCACCGGCACCCCGCCCUACGCCAUCCUCUCCCACACCUGGGGCGACCAGGAGGUGACCUUCCAGGACUGGGAGCGCGUUGACAGCGCCGUGAAGCGCAAGGCCGGUUACGCCAAGAUCGUGGGCGCCUGCCGCCGCGCCCACGCCGACAAGCUCAAUUACCUGUGGUGCGACCCCAACUGCAUCGACAAGCGCAGCUCGGCCGAGCUGACCAAGGCCAUCAAUAGCAUGUUUUGGUUGGUAUCGCGACUCGCAGGUCUGCUAUGCGUACCUGGCUGA